UCCUUCUAUAAAAAUACCCUUCUCUAUUUCUCUUCCAUUAAGAAAAAUCACCCUCUAUCACCAUCUUCCACUCAUUCAAAUUUUCCAAGUCCAAAUCUUCAACCCCUUUUGCCUAAAUUCAAAAUGAAACACCACAAAACACUCUCAAAGUUCCUCCCAAAUCUAAUAAUCCUAGUAACUUUCCUACUCCUUUCAACAACACGGACCAUAGCACAAGAAGUUGAGGAUGAGAGUGAAUUUGAUUACAUAAAAGGGAGUGAAAAGGGUCCUGCACAUUGGGGUGAAUUAAAGAAGGAAUGGGCAACAUGUAAAAAUGGGAGAUUGCAAUCUCCAAUUGAUUUGUCAAGUCACAGAGUGAAGGUAGUGCCAAAGUUAGGAGAAUUAAAGAAAUACUAUAAGCCUCAGAAUGCCACUAUCAAGAACAGAGGUCAUGAUAUUCAGGUUAAAUGGGAGGGAGAUGCAGGAUCAAUAAAUAUCAAUGGCACACAAUUUUUUCUACAUCAAGCCCACUGGCACUCACCUUCUGAACACACCAUCAAUGGCAGGAGGUAUGACCUGGAGGUACAUUUGGUUCAUGAAAGUGCAAAAAUAAACGGUAAGAGCAAGAUAGCUGUUAUUGGACUUUUCUAUAAGAUUGGUCGACCAGAUCGUGUUCUCACCAAGUUGUCAAAAUACAUAAAAAGCAUGGUGGAUACUGAAGCAGAUAGGAGCAUUGGGGUAUUUGAUCCCUCAGAAAUCAAGCUGGGUGGGAAGAAGUAUUAUAGAUACAUGGGUUCCCUCACUGUCCCUCCUUGCACUGAAGGUGUCUUUUGGACUAUUAAUAAGAAGAUAAGAAGUGUGUCUAGAGCACAAGUGGAGCUAUUAAGGGAGGCUGUCCAUGAUCAUGCAGAGAAGAAUGCCAGACCUAUACAACUCCUGAAUAGAAGAAAGAUACAACUCUAUCGCCCAAAAUGGAAGAAAUGAAAUUAACCACAUAUUAACUUUGUAAAACAAAGCAAUAUAUACAGUUUAUAAUUUUUCUAGCAUUUUGUUUUAUAAGAUAACCUUUUUUCAAUUCAUUUUGUAUAAUAAUGUUAUUUUUAUAUAUAAACUAGAAUAUGUCAAUAUCUUUUAUAUU